AUGAGAUGGCACGCACCCACCUGUCACCAGCCGGACGUACAUGUCGCAGACGAUGGCUUCCCGUUUUGCAGAGGAUGCGGCAAGUCAGCACAAGAGAUGCGACACCGUCGCGAGGAUACGCACUCUUCAUUGGAACCGCUGCCUCCAGACGAGCCGGAAAGACGUCUCAAUCUAUGGUGGCCACCUUCGGUAUCAUAUACGUCGAAUGAUGGCACAAAGUUCGACAUCCCAGAAGCUUCAGUAGUGCCGCCAGUUUCCCCAGCAGGCCACGGGAAUCAGAUCUACGAGAGAUCCUUAAUGCCGAACGAGUUCCGACUCGCAUGUAUUUCUGCAACGCCUAGCAAAUCCGAUACCACGUACCCAAUUCACCUUUCAUUCGAAGUUUUCGAGGACGAUCACUAUCCCGAUUACGACACAGUCUCCUACGCCUGGGGCGGUGAAGAUAACAACAGGGACCAGUAG